AGGUGCCAUCGAUUCUGGUGCAAUUACUUGGAACUCUCUGAUGAGAAGAUGGUGAAGGAGACGAAGUACUACGACGUUCUUGGCGUUCAACCAAAUGCAACCGAUAGCGAACUCAAAAAAGCGUACAGAAAAUUGGCGCUAAAAUAUCAUCCAGAUAAGAACCCAGAGGGAGGAGAACAAUUCAAGCUUAUAUCACAGGCAUACGAGGUACUAUCUGAUGAAAAGAAGCGACAGAUAUAUGACCAAGGUGGAGAGGAAGCACUUCAAGGAGGAGGUGGUGCUGGUGCGGAGUUCCACAAUCCAUUUGAUGUAUUCGACAUGUUCUUUGGUGGAGGAAAGCGUCAACAGGGUCGUGGAGUUCGACCAACCGUCCAUCAAAUGAAAGUUUCACUUGAGCAGUUGUACAAUGGUUUUUCGAAAAAGUUGAAGGUUACUAGAACGGUCAUUUGUACUGACUGUGAUGGACUUGGUGGACCAGCUGGUUCUGUGAUGAAGUGUCCAGAUUGUAAAGGACGUGGUGUGAUAAUCAAGGUAAUGCAGUUGGCCCCUGGAAUGAUUCAACAGGUCCAGUCUUCUUGCUCUGCUUGUAAAGGCAAUGGUGAAAUGAUUCCGCCAAAGGAUCGCUGCAAAGGGUGCCAAGGCAAUAAAAAGCGAAAGGUUGAAGAAAUUCUGGAGGUUCACGUUGAAAAAGGUAUGAAAGAUGGUGAUAAAAUUAUGUUCGAAGGAAGAGGAGAUGAAGAUCACAACGUUCCACCCGGCGAUAUUGUCAUCAUUCUUGAUGAGAAGGAACACAACACUUUCUUCAGGAAAGAUGAUAAUUUGGUGAUGAACGUUGAUAUAGAGCUAGUUGAAUCACUGUGCGGUUUCUCUCGCGUUAUUAAAACGUUGGAUGACAGGACUCUAUUCUUUAAUGUAUUACCAGGUGAGGUUAUCAAGCAUGCUGAUAUGCGAGUUAUUUAUGGAGAAGGAAUGCCACAUCGGAGAAAUCCUCAAGAAAAGGUUUGCUUAAUCACUUGUCCAAGUUCUUCUUUUAAUAAAUAUAAUCGAUGUCGGUUGCCCAAUCAGGACUGUUGUUCCGAAUAUUUUACGUGA